UAUUGUAUACGUUGCAUGCUGUGUUCUUUCUGCUGCACAAAAACAACAGCAACAACGUUACCUCAGUGUACACAGUAAGGCUUGAAUCAACGCUCGUCUGCAAGUGUGUCUGCAGCUGGAGCAAUGCCACUUCUAAUUCUGCUGUUUGGCCUCGGCUUGACAGCAGCCACGCUAACAGGUGAAACAGAAUAUGAUGUUGAUGAAGGCCAUGACUGGGACAUCUUCAACAUCAAUGAAGCAGCCGGGCUGGACCUGCUGGAGGGAGAUAUUGAACAGGAGGAAACAUUUAGCAGAAACUCCAUCAUAGGAGAUAAGUAUCGCUGGCCAACAACCAUUCCCUACUACCUAGAGGACAGUGUGGAUAUGAAUGCAAAGGGGGUGAUCCUGAAGGCGUUUGACCAGUACAGACUGAAGACCUGCAUUGACUUCACACCUUGGAACGGAGAGAAGAACUACAUCUCUGUGUUCAAAGGCAGCGGAUGCUUCUCUUCUGUAGGCAACCAGCAUGAGGGAAAGCAGCGAUUGUCCAUUGGUAACAACUGCGAUCGCCUGGGAACCGUUGAGCACGAGUUUCUGCACGCUCUUGGAUUUUGGCAUGAGCAGUCCAGAGCUGACCGUGAUGAUUAUGUCACCAUCAUGUGGGAUCGCAUUGAACCUGGAAAACAGCACAACUUCAAGACAUAUGAUGACAAAGUAUCCAGUGCUCUGGGCGUUCCCUACGACUACGGCUCAGUGAUGCACUACAGCAAGACGUCCUUCAACAUCGGCUCUGAGCCCACCAUCGUCACCAAGAUCCCCCAUUUCUUGGAUGUGAUCGGUCAGAGAAUGGGGUUCAGUGCCAAUGACCUAACCAAACUCAACCGUCUCUACAACUGCACGAAGUCGUCCGCCUUUGUGGACAGCUGCGACUUUGAGGAGAAGAACAUCUGCGGGAUGAUUCAGGGCCUGGGGAACACAAAGUGGGAACAACGCAGUUCUGUGAGUGGAGGGCCUCACGAUGACUUCAGCAACAUGGGGCAAUGCAAAGGUAAAGGCUUCUUCAUGCACUUCAGCACGGCCACUGCUGAACCCGGUGAAGGGGCAUUUCUGGAGAGUCGCUGGCUUUACCCCAAACCGGGAGCCCAGUGUCUGCAGUUCGCCCUCCAUAACACCGGGGCGGCCGAUGAUGUUCUCAACAUCUUUGUGCGCGAGUACGACGAGGCCGUCCCUGGCGGUAAACUGGGGCUCUUCAAGAGCAUUUCAGGAGGUGUCAUGGGCUCCUGGGAACUCCACAAUGUCAACCUGAAUGUGACACAGAAGGCCCGAGUGGUUUUCCAGGGCGUGAGGGGAAAGGGUCCAUCGAAGGGGGGUUUCUCUCUCGAUGACAUCAACCUGUCGUCCACCAAGUGCCCCCAGCACGUCUGGCACAUCCGCAACAUCACUGGCUUGAUGGCCACCACACCAGCAGGACAAAAACGGUACAGCCCUCGCUUUCUCUCUUCAGCGGGCUACUCUUUCCAGGUAGGCGCGUACCUAAAUGGAAGAAGCGACCGUCCGGGUUACGUGGGCCUCUACUUCCAUCUCACCUCCGGCCCCAACGACCACAGCCUCAAGUGGCCGUGCCCAUGGCAGCAGGCCACCAUGGCCCUGAUGGAUCAGCACUCUGACAUCAGACAGCAGACGAACAUGCACCGGAUGGUCACCACUGACCCCGACAAGUUGGACGGUAAGGAGUACUACUGGGACGAUCCCAGGAAGGUGGGCUCUAAAGUGACCGAGGCUGAUGGAAGCUAUUAUUAUCGAGGCCCGGGCACCGGGACAAGUACCUUCAUCACCCACAGCAGACUGAGGAGCAGACAAUUCAUCAAAGGGGACGAUGCCUUCUUCCUCUUGAGUCUGGAAGAUAUCUCCCACCUGCUGGUACCCCAGCCUCUGCCUCGCUCUGCAGCCCACGCUGGCACAAGUGCGAGGAAGGCCGCGGAUCAAGACGCUCCACAGGGAGCGGCCACUAGCCCCACGCAGAUCAUGGCCGUGGCAUUGUCUGCGGCAGCGGCGGUGUUUGUGGUUUCCGCGCUGAUUCUCGGCAGCGCCCGGAGGAUGAGGAUGAGACGACAGCAGGGGAGCGAAGACUUGGUGACAUUAGAGGACAUGCCGGGAUUCAUGGAAGGGAUGGAUCACCCGACCAAAGACUUACCCUCUGCUCUCGCCACUCCGUAAGGUCCUCACCCGACCAGAAGAGAGGGCACACCACUGCAUGAUCAGAGUCUUUUUUUCAUGUAUAAUCUGAAUCUGCGUGUGCUAGAAGUAAAAUUCAUCUGACAAAUUCAUCUUCAAAAUCAUCUGUUCUCGCUAUUACAACUUCUCUCUUUAAUAGUCGAGAGUGAGUGAUUUAUUGUUCACCCUCAGGUCACCUCAACCUUGGCCCAGCAGCUAUUUAAAAUUUGAGUCCUGGAAAGGUGGGUAUUGUCCCAGUUUAAAGAGCUCUGUUCCCACCACAGACUUGGACUGCCUGGGCCUUCAGAGUUAAAAGCCACAUAUUUACCAGACAUCCUGUAAAUAUUUGUUUGACAGGUAACAUGGGUACUACAUUCUGAACAGGUUGGUGACCUUUAAGGUUGUUUUUCACAAUUCACUUUUUUAUGUUGAAUUUACUACAUAUAUUUUGAACAAAAUAAAUAAUUUUAAAAAUUACAAACAAUCUAACACCGAAAACAACUGCUUAUUAAGACCAUCUGUUCUCAUGGUUAACUGAGGAGUGCAGUGCCAACAGCAGCCACAGAGAGGCACCACGCUCAAUAUUAUAGUUCAGAGUAAAUUCAUGGCACUUUAUUAUCCUACGGAAAACAAAGUACAUAUUUUAACAGUAGCUGAAGAGUCACUGCAAUGUGACGCCUUUGUCAGGGACCUUCAGAUAAACAUGUUUUAGUCUCCAUGGAUUGCUUUUGAUAUGAUUUUGUCGUUCAUAGAUUUAGAGUUGUUGGAUUUAGUUUUUGCACACGUGUGUGUGCUACAAAUCAAAGUUCACAUCAUCAUUAAAAACACAAAAUUAAUUGCAAAUCUGAGAGUAAAAUCUGGACUUGGGACACUUGCUGUUAACAGAAUAUUAACAAGAAGUGUAGUGAAAUUGAAGUGUCUUCAACGUACUUUUUGUUACAUGGCUGUUUGUUUUCCUGUUAUCAUUAUAUUCAAUAGUACCACCCCCCCCCAAAAAAAACUACCAGUCAAACAUCAGUUCAAGUCAAGAUUUAUUUUUAUUUUGAGAUAUUAAACACACAACGGCAUGAGUGCUAUAAUUCAUUCUCAGCUGGAAGGCUUUCAAAGCGUGGAUUUACUAACACUGACAAAUACAAAGUGUUGCAUGUGUCUCGUAUACAGUUCCCUUCUCAACUUGUGCUUCCUCUGAGCAGACGUUCGGAAACAAGAACUAAGAGCUGUUUGCUUUCAGGACAGUUUGGCCAGAUGUGACGCUUCACCGAAUGAAGACAAGUUAUGUGGACACAGAAAUAAACACGGGCGCUCUACAUUUUAAUGUUUCAUUGAGAAAAAUCAGUACAGCUGAUUUCACCCAAUCAUACGACCAUCUCUUUCAAACAUCCCUCUGCUAUCCAGAACAUCACCUGGUGUUGAAAUCCAACUUAAACACCACACUCAACAAACUACUCCUCAACCAAACCGGCUGAAACCAAAAGCAAGCCAGUAAU